AUGGAAUGUUGGCUGGCUUUGAUUAUGGCAAUGAUGUUGCCAUGUGUGAGGACAAUAGUGAUACCAGAAGAAGAGAAUCUACGAAUAGAGGAUCCCAGUAAUCGUGAACUAAUAAAUCCCGAAACAGACGUAGCGAAAAGUGAAUUAAACGAACUAUCGAAGACAGUCGUUUGUCUGAUGAAAUUCGUUGAAUUGUACAUGAAUCAACUGCCGUCAAGAAUCUCCGUACUUUUAAUGGAAACAGACGAUCCAGACUUCUCCGGUGUUUACCUAUCGAAACUCCAACAAGUUCGUUCGACAUAUAUCUUGAACGGUUACUUGGACUCCGACUCUGAUCAGAAUACCUCACUGGAUGCUCUCCUGAUACUGAAGAGUUACGAGAACUUGGAGAAUUCGACGUCCAGAUUGAUUGAUCUUUGUGGUAGAGAUUGUAGAUACGCUGUUGUCGUGACAAACCUAUUUCCUGAUGAGGCAAGUUUCAUGGAGGAAGCUGUGAAUUACGUGAAACUAUUGUGGAUUAAGCGAGUUGCUAAUGUUGUGAUAUUGGGACCAGUUGGAAAUACACUUUUGGCUGCUCAGAGCCAGGGUUUCUUGGCGAAUAAGCUAACGGAGCCGUCAGAUCCGAUUCCCAUUGGCAAGUGUCAUCAGGGCGAAUGGAUCACCACAACGGAAGUGUUUCCUGUUCUGAAGAUGAACAAUAGCCACAUUCAUUUCGCUAUAAUUGAUCAUGAGCCUUACAUGAGUGUUACGUGGGAAGGUGACCAUAUGAAAGCCAGAGGUAUAGAGUUGAAGAUAAUAAAUAUUUUGAGAGAUACCCUCCAAUUUCGGUCCACUGGAUCACUUCUGGAGUGGGACGAAGGAAAUACUGUGGAGGAUGAAAUAAUUGAGGAAUUCAAGAGCGAUCGGAAGAUCGAUCUUGUGGUCGGAGGACUACUGCGGACAAUGGUCAAGGAUGUUGACUUUGCUCUGCCUUACGAUGUUACCCAAGUCGUCUGGCUAGUUCCCUCUCAUUCAAAUAUUUCUCUUCUUGGUCUGAUAUCGCCGUUCACUUUGAAAAUAUGGAUUCUAACUAUUGCAUCGAUUAUAUUCGGCGGGAUGAUCAAGUCCCUGCUGUUUGACAAGAUGUCAUUCUUGGAGAUCAUGGCAUUGGUGAUAGGAGUUGCUUGGCACAAGCAGCCGAAGAGGCUUUCAUAUAGGAUUAAAUUCAUGUCUUGGGUUCUUUUUGGAUAUGUAUUGACGCAGGUGUACUUGGCUUCACUCGCUGGACAAUUGUUAGCUCACGGAGAUCUUCAGAUCAACACCAUGCAGGAGCUCGUUGACUCUGGCUUAAUUUUCGGAGGAACAGCCAAUCACAAACAGUUCUUCAUGCAAACAGAUGAUGAUAAUGAUGGAGAAAUUUCUGCCGUGGACACUAUUUACAAACAAUUUAUUGUCUUCAGUCAUGAAGACUACAUGAAGAAAUUGACACAGCUGAUGCAGGGAGAGAAUACAUCUUUAGCUCUUGUCGCAGUUCUCAAUAUAUCAUCAGCGAGUACGAGCGUGCAUCAUGAGAUGUAUCACAUAGUGAAGGAAACACUGGCUACCACACCUCUUGCCUUCCCCGCGUGGAGAGGAUUACCUUAUUUGACGCAAAUCGAUUCGAAACUGGCGGCCCUCAUCCAGGGUGGCAUCAUCUCUUAUAUAGCUAAUAAUGAGACGACUGUUCAACACAUUCAUGACGCAAUUGAAGAGAAAACCGAUGCGAAUCUGGAGCUCGUUGAUAUUGCUCCAAGCUUUUUGCUCUUGGUGAUGGGGCACGGGGCAGGUAUGCUUUGUUUGCUUGGGGAGUUUGCUGUUUUCCGGUGGCAGAACCGAAAACCAAAAAAAGUUGUGAAAGGGACGAAGGUGCGGAGGCUCAAGGGGGUAGCGAAGAGGACUGUUAGAUUUGAUGAGAAGAAUCUUAGGUUGACUAAACCCAACAAUGGGGUGAGGUUAGUUCUGCGACCUAAUGUUACUAUUGGAUAUCGUGACGGCAGGCUUCCAUGGAAAAUAGUAUAA